AGGAAAUUCCAGGACACUCCAGGCUGAAGGGCAGAAGAUUCACCUGCUGACUGUUUGAGUGACACAUCUUAACCAGAAGAAUCAAAAAGAUUCAGGGACCAUCUGGCAGCAGAAACUUAUUGGAAAGAGGUGAUAGAACCUGGGCUGCGAAACAAGUAAAGGACGGGAUGGACCUGUCACCAGGAGACAUGGCCUCAGCGAUGUUGGAAGUAGCAAGUCUGGGUCGACCUUUUACGUUGGGGAUGCUUUACAAUGCUCAGAGACAAAAACUCCUCCCAGGUGUCACAUUGUGGGAUGAGAAAACUCUUAAAGAGAAGAUAAUUCAGAAUCCUCAGCAUAGCAGUCAGUUUCAAAUCGCUUCAUCUGAUUCCUUCAAAGACAAGUCCUCUCUGCUGGAUGUUGACGCCUCCCUGAAGGCCAGUUUCAUGAGUGGACUGAUUGAAGUUAACGGAUCCGCAAAGUAUCUGAACGAUGUGAAGAAGUCCCACCGUCAGGGCCGAGUGACGUGUCAGUACAAAGCGACCACCGUCUUCAAACAGCUCACUGUUUCUGACUCCAAGAACAUCCAGAUCAAUGAUUCUGUGAAGACAACGGCCACUCACGUCGUCACCGGCAUCCUUUAUGGUGCAAACGCUUUCUUCGUGUUUGACAGCGAGAAGUUAGACAGUAGCAAUGUUAGGAAGAUCGAGGGCAGCAUGCAGGCUGUGAUCAAGAAGAUCCCUUCAUUUAAUGUUGAGGGCAAAGUUGACAUCAAGCUGAGUGAAGAAGAAAAGGACACGGCCAAUAAGUUUACCUGCAAAUUCUACGGAGACUUCAUUCUUGAAAGCAACCCUGCAACACUUGAAGAUGCCGUGAAGACCUACAUAGAGCUGCCAAAGCUACUGGGAGAGGACGGAGAAAACGGGGUUCCUCUGAAAGUCUGGAUGAUGCCGCUGAAUAACUUUGAUUCAAGCGCUGCAGAGGUCACCUCCACCCCACCGCCUGAGAUCAGUCCUAGACUUACAGGAAGAGCUCAAGAUCUUCUGGAAGAAUUUCAGGACCUGAAAAUGAGAUGCAACGAUUGUCUGGAAGAAAACAAUCAUUUCCCACGGAUUCAUGAGCGGUUGAGUCAUUUCCAAUAUCUGUGUGACAAGUACAUCGCUGGAGCCAAGGAGAAAAUGGCAAAAAGUCUUCAGUCCGUCAAGGAAGGUGACAAAGAUGAGACGGGGUUCAAAGCUGCCUUUGAUGGUGAAGAAACCUCUCCAUUCAGUUUGGAGAAAUUAGACGUAUGGUUGGAACAUAAAGAAAGAGAAGUCAGCGUCAUGAGUUCCUGUGUGGAGAUGACGGAGGGAGCCAAGAUCGUCAGGAAUCAGCCAGAGUUGGACAGAGAGCUUCUUGAUCCACAAGUAGAAGAUGUUCUGUGCUUUGUCUUCACCUCCGUGGAAACUACUGACCCCUAUCUUCAGGAAAUGUCUGAUUACCUGGAUCCACCUCCCUCAACUGCUGCCAGGGACGUGAGUCCAUGCACCGAGUGGUACUUCUCAGAAGAUGUGAUAAACAAGAUGAGAGAGAAAGCCAAAGAGUUCGGUGAACUUCACAGAGCUCUGAAGAACAACAGCAGAUACAAAUUCCUUAUAGCAGUUAUAUCAAAUGACAAAUACGAAGGAGCGAGCAUCUACCACUACAGGAACAUCAACCUACUCACUGAUGACUUCUCAAAGCCUGAUGUCACCAACGUGGAAAACAUAACCAACAAAAGAGAUCUAAUGUGGUAUGCCACUGAUAUCACCCUGGAUCCAGACACGGCACAUCCCAAUAUCCUCCUGUCUGAAGGAGACAAGAAAGCGAAAGAAGGAGAAGCGCAGCCGUAUCCCCACCGCCCUCAGAGAUACGAUUAUUAUUAUCAGGUUCUGGCCAGACAGGAGCUGACUGGUCGUCAUUACUGGGAGAUGGAGUGGAACGUUCCCUGUGACCAAGGUUUUGAUGUAGGUGUGAUCUACAGUGGACCUCCAUGUAAAGGAGACAAUAUACAGUGCUUUAUACGAUCCAGUGACCUAUCCUGGUGUUUUGGCCAAGAGUACGCAAAAGGCUCCCCUUACCGUGUAUAUCACAGUAACAACUUUGAUUAUGAGGAUAGUGAUCCCAAAACUAACAUCACCCAUCUGGGAGUGUACCUGGACUGGUCUGCAGGGACUCUGUCCUUCUACAAAGUCAUCAGUGACAAACUGAUUCACUUUCACACCUACAGGACCAAAUUCUCUCAGCCUCUUUAUCCAAUCCUUCAGUUGGAGGGUAACCAAGUCUUCAUUAACUUCUGUCUGUAAACCUGGACCCACAACCCAGCCAGCAUUUCUGUGGGUCCGUGGGUCCCGCAUGAGCUGAAAAUAAAUCCCAGAGGCGUUUAGACAUGGAUUUAUUUGAUAGGAAAUCCUUUUUGAGAUUGCUAAAAAAAAAGUGUGAUGAACAGUAAUCUUUUGUAAUCAAAUAUAUAAUCAAUAAAGCAUAAACAAGUAGCUGAAAGUUUAUGAGUCUGGCCUGCCAUACCUGUUCACUUCAACCCAAGGGCCUGCUGUCCCUCAGGUUGAUCCACUGGCCAACACCACAACUAUAUGAGGUCUUUGUGUCUAAAAAGAAAUGAUUUAGGAUGGCUGUCCAGGCUCGGGGUUUAGUGGGGAAGGAUGUUAGGAUAAGUAUACAUGAAUUAUUGGUGAAAAGAUGUCAUGAAUAGAUGUGAGGAUGACAUAAAAUGUAUUUUUUUCCGUUUUUUCUUGAGAAAAAUUCUUGUCUUUUGUGUAAAUGAUUUUGAACAAUAAAAAUCCUAU